AUGCUACGAAUCCUGCGGAAAGCUAGGCUGAAGGACAAGGAGAUGCGUGUUCUGCUGCUUGGUCUAGAUUCGGCGGGCAAGACAACCAUUACGAAGAAACUGCUGGGAGAGCCUAUUGACGACAUAAGCCCUACGCUCGGGUUCCAGAUACGGACGAUAAAGGUCGACGGUUAUCAGCUCAACAUCUGGGACGUCGGAGGCCAGAAAUCCUUACGCACGUAUUGGAAGAACUACUUUGAGAAGACGGACACGCUGAUCUGGGUCGUGGACUCCACGGACGCGUCCCGUCUCACGGACUGCAGGGACGAACUCAAAAAGCUGCUCGUGGAAGAACGAUUGAUGGGUGCAAGCCUACUUGUGUUUAAAAACAAGAGCGAUGUGCCAGGGUGUUUGGGUGAAGAGGAGAUUCGAAAGGCUCUCGAACUGGACCAGAUCAAGACACACAGGUGGAAGAUCGUCUCCAGCAGUGCCGUGACGGGCGAGGGGCUGAGGGAGGGCAUUGAUUGGGUGGUGGCGGAUGCGAAGGAGAGGAUGUUUUUGUACUAG